CGAGAGCCGCGCCGGGGGCGGGGAGCCUGGGCCGCUCCCGUGCGCGCCCCGCGGGAAGCGCGGCACUGAGCCUGGCCUCUGCAGUGUGCGUGUUUCCUGCUGAGCAUGGAGGUGUUCCCGUCCCCUCUGGAGUCCGCCAAGUUCAUAGCCGAGCACAGCAAAGAUGUCUCCGUGGACGAGGAGGGGACGCGGCGGGUGGCGGAGAGCCUGUUCGACAAAGCGUCGGCGGCGGAGUUCGGGCUGGCGGGGUGGAAAAGCCUCCACGAGCUGAAUCCCCGGGCCGCCGACAAGGAGGCUGUAGACUGGGUGUUCCUGGUGGACACCCUCAACUUCUCCUUCUGGUCCGAGCAGGAGGACCGCAAGUACCUUGUGAAGUACAAGGAUAAAACCUACAGCGGCUACUGGUCGCUGUGCGCCGCCGUCAACAGGGCCCUGGACGAUGGAAUACCUAUCACCAGUGCAUCCUAUUUCGCCACCAUGACGCUUGACCAAGUUAGGCAUGUAUUUCGCUCUGACACAGAAGUGCCUUUGCCUUUGAUUGAAGAAAGACAUCGGGUGCUGAAUGAAAGUGGAAUAGUUCUGUUAGAGAAGUUUGGAGGGUCUUUCCUCACCUGUGUUAAAAUGAGUGAGAAGAGUGCUCAGAAACUGCUACGUCUCGUACUGGAAAAUUUUCCUUCUUACAGAGAUGAAGCUGUAUUUGAGAAAAAGAAGGUGUCUUUCUACAAACGGGCACAAAUACUUGUGGCAGACACAUGGAGUGUUUUGGAAGGCAAAGGAGAUGGCUCUUUUGAUGAUAUUUCCAGUCUUACAAUAUUUGCUGACUAUAGAAUUCCUCAAGUUCUUGUUCACUUAAAAGCAAUGAAGUAUUCGGAAGAAUUAAUGAAGAAACUACGUGAAGGAACACUUUUCCAGUCUGGAGACAAAGAAGAGGUAGAGAUCCGUGGCUGUUCUAUUUGGUGCUGUGCAUUGAUUUGCAAGUACCUACAGGAGCUCUAUCAGAAGAAGGGUCAGGACAUGCAGGAAAACAUCAAUGCAGUUUUACUCGAUUAUUAUCUUUGGGACUAUGCCAGGGGUCAUAGGGAAGAGAUGAAAGAUAUCCCAUUCCACCGAGUACGGUGUAUAUAUUACUAAGUCCAAUCCAAUAGCUCUUGUAUUGUUGCCUUAUCUUUUGAGCUGCAGUUUUGCUUCUCAUAUGGUGAUUUGUCAUGCACUAAUUUGGAACUGUUAAAUCAAAUGUUUGUUUUCUGGUGAUGUAGUAAUAAUGUGCCUUUUCAGCCCCUCCCUUGUUUUAUUACCUUUUCUUUUAAUCUUUUUCUUGCCCUGACUGCAAUUAACAGUGUAAACUUUGCCCCGUUAAGAUAGGAUUUAUUAUUCCUGCUUUGAUCCCCGUAUUGGUGUAUGUGGCUGCCUGUGCGCUGUGCCAGAUGUGUGCAGAUUCUGUGGUGUACCUUGUUCCUUGGCCACUCCCUGUUCCUUACCACUCCCUCCCACACCUGCACGGAGGUGGCAGGUGCUUGGCAGAUUAUCUGCUGCUCAGAUACGGAAUUGUAACCCGUCCAUUCGUCCAAUAAACAGUGCAGUGACAGACGUGC